AAAUGAUCAAGUGCAUAAAAAGAACCACAAAUCUGUUGGGUGGAAGCCGAAGGCCCUCUUUUGUUUCUUUUUUCUGCACAACCCACGACGGGGAAAAACCAAUUCCCUCUCCUUUUCUGAUUCACGACAACAAACAUUAGGUUUCCGCCGUGCCCGCCGCCGUGCCCGACCGGAUUGCGUAACUCGACGGGACUGAGGAGGCACUCCAAAGCUGACCCCGGCCACCCUCUUCACCUCUGGUUCAGAGACUGAUGUAAAACAAUUCCUGGCUCUCUGUAAAUAGCUGCAAAAUGGCCGUUGAGACUUUUGGUAAAGCAACAGUGUUUGAUGAUGAUGAUGAUGAGGACGACCUUCCAAUAGUUUUCAAGAGGACUAGCACAUCUAGGCAAAAUCAGUUAGAUUCGGCAGUUAAGCAUGCACAACCUCAGCGGUUGAAUAAGUUAUCUGCGAGGCAGACCUCUGAUUUAUGUUCAGCCAAUGGUCAAAGCUCUAAUGCUCAAAAAAGGAUGACUUCGUUGCCGAAGACAUCGCCUGUGAAAUCUGUAGUAGCAAGUCAGAAGGCAUCAAAUUCCUCUAUCCAGGAACCAUCUGUUAAAUCACCAGACACAACUUUAAAAGUUUCAGAUUCAAUGGAUAGGCCAAAACAUUCAAUAAAUGCUGCCGUGAAAGAGGAAAAUGAUUCUGUACGUCCUACUCAAGAAAAUAGUGAUUCUGAAGAUGAUAAACCAUUGAGUUUUAGAUUGAAAGGGAACUCCAGCCAGCCCAGUAAAGGGCUUGUACCAACAAUGUCAAAGAAUAAAGUAAAAAAACCACCAGCAGAUUCAGAUGAUGAAAUUAAUUUGGCAUCGAGAUUUCAAAUCAAGUCUGCUUCAGGGGUAUCUGGUGGUAAACAACAUGGUUUUGAUGAAAAGAAACCACUGGCUUCAAAAGUUCAUCAGAAUGGUUCGACCUCAAGGGAUAAGCUGCAAAAGCCUGCUACUGUUUCCAGCAAGAGACCUCUUGCUAAUGCAGAUUCCCAUCCCUCUUCUCAAUCUUCAACAAAAAAGCCAAAGCUUUCUGACUUAUCUACUCCGCUUAGUACUAAGCAAGUAUCAUUGAAAGCAAAACAAGAAGCAGAUGACGACGACGAUGAUAUUCCUAUUUCACAAAGAAUAAAGAAGUCAUCUACAUCAGUAAAUAAGUCAUCAAGUUCUAAGCAAACAGUAACAAAAGUUGCUUCUUCUUCAAUCAAGAAAACAUUCAAGAAAUCAAAAAAACAAGUUAAGAAAUCCAAGUAUGUUAAGUCAACUAAGUUGCUGCCUAGCGCUGGUGAUGGACAGAAAAAAUGGACUACCUUGGUUCACAAUGGUGUCAUUUUCCCACCUCCAUACCAGACUCAUGGGGUGAAGAUGCUCUACAAAGGGAAGCCUAUUGAUUUGACUCCUGAACAAGAGGAGGUUGCAACCAUGUUUGCUGUGAUGAAGGAUACAGAUUAUAUGCUAAAACCUAAAUUUAAAGAAAAUUUCUGGAAUGACUGGCGCAAAGUACUUGGGAGAAAUCAUGUAAUUCAGAAUUUGGAUGAUUGUGAUUUUACCCCAAUAUAUGACUGGUAUCAGAAAGAAAAGGACAAGAAAAAACAGAUGACUGCAGAAGAGAAGAAAGCUUUGAAGGAGGAGAAACUGAAACAGGAGGAAAAGUACAUGUGGGCUAUUCUUGAUGGGGUUAAGGAGAAGGUUGGGAACUUUAGAGUUGAACCGCCUGGAUUGUUCCGAGGCCGUGGAGAACAUCCAAAGAUGGGAAAGCUGAAAAAACGCAUUCGCCCAAGUGACAUCACAAUUAAUAUUGGAAAAGAUGCUCCGAUCCCCGAAUGUCCUAUACCUGGUGAAAGGUGGAAGGAAGUGAGGCAUGACAAUACUGUUACGUGGUUGGCUUUCUGGAACGAUCCAAUAAAUCCAAAAGAGUUCAAGUAUGUGUUUCUGGCUGCUAGUAGUUCAUUAAAAGGCCAGAGUGACAAGGAGAAAUACGAGAAAGCAAGAGUGCUCAAGGACUACAUAAAAGACAUAAGGAGUGCAUAUACGAAGGAUUUUACAAGCAAAGACUCUACACGAAGACAAAUUGCAGUUGCUACUUAUCUCAUUGAUAAACUGGCGCUUAGGGCUGGAAAUGAGAAAGAUGAUGAUGAAGCUGAUACAGUUGGCUGCUGUACACUGAAAGUAGAGAAUGUAAAAGCGACGCCUCCAAAUCUUCUGGAGUUCAACUUCCUCGGUAAAGAUUCAAUCAAAUAUGAAAACACUGUUGAGGUCGAGCUCCCUGUUUUUAAAGCAAUUAUGCAAUUUCAAACUGGAAAAAAUGGAAGUGAUGAUCUUUUUGACAAGCUGGAUACGAAUAAAUUGAAUGCUCACCUGAAGAAUCUCAUGCCUGGUCUCACAGCGAAAGUAUUUCGUACAUAUAAUGCUUCUAUCACACUUGAUGACAUGUUGAAUAGAGGAACUAAAGAUGGAGAUGUUUCAGAGAAGAUUGUCACUUACCAGCACGCAAACAAGGAGGUUGCAAUCAUUUGUAAUCAUCAGCGGACUGUUUCGAAAUCUCAUGGGGCACAGAUGUCGAGAUUGAAUGAGAAGAUAUCUGAGCUUAGGGACCUUCUGAAAGAGCUGAAAAUCGAUUUAGAUAGAGCAAAGAAAGGGAAGCCCCCUUUAAAAGAUGCUGACGGAAAGCAAAAGAGAAACUUGUCCCCUGAAGCGUUAGAGAAGAAGAUAUCCCAAACAAAUGCAAAGAUUGAGAAGAUAGAGCGAGAUAUGAAGACUAAAGAGGAUUUGAAAACCGUUGCGUUGGGCACGUCAAAAAUCAAUUACCUCGAUCCUCGAAUCACAGUCGCAUGGUGCAAGCGUCACGAAGUCCCUAUUGAAAAGAUAUUCAACAAGUCUCUUCUGGCGAAGUUUGCGUGGGCAAUGGAUGUCGAUCCCGACUUCAGAUUCUGAUUGUUUGUCUAUAUUGUGGCGGUUUCAAAUCAUCCUCAGCCUGCCCACCGUGCAGCAUCGGAAGAAAAAUAAGAAAGAAAGAAAGAAGAGAUGGAGUAGGAAAAAUUGAAGUGUACUAUUUUGCAUUACAUUCAAUUUUUUCUUUAGUUCCUUCCAGAGGAAAGGCCAAUGAUGUAUGGUUAUCUAAUCUAAUUAUAUUGGGGUAAAUGGCUCAUUUCUGACACUCCCCAUCCAUCCCCACCAAGCUGUGCAAUGAAAACAUUUGGUUAUCAAAGCUUUCAAACAGCCUUAUACUAAUUGUUGAACAUUUUAACACAUACCCUUAUAAAUUUGAUUAUACCUGGUUUUUCUCAA